AUGGCGCGCGUCGUCUCGAAGCGCCCGCGCGACCGAUCUCUGUUCGCCUCCCCGCUCGCGGAGUGCGCGGACCCCACGAGCUUCCUCCUCCUCUGCGCCGCGGUGUUUUGCAUCUUCGCCGAUCAAAACCUGCUCGCCCCGAACCUCUCCGCGAUCGCGGACGACCUCGGGUUCGACGAGCGCGAGCGCGACGCGAAGCUCGGCGGACAAAUCUCCGUCGCAUUCUUCCUCCUCGGCCUCCCCGCGUGCCUCGUCAUCGGCGUGCUGACCGACGUCGCGCGUCGCAAAGACCUGCUCGUGAUGACCGUCGUCCUCGGUCAGGGGCCGUGCGCGCUCGCGGGGUUCGUGACGUCGUUUUGGCAGCUCUUCGUCCUUCGCGCGCUGACCGGCGUCGCCGUCGGCGGCGCGCUCCCGCUCGCGUUCUCCAUCGCGGGCGACCUGUUCCCGCCCACGGCGCGAUCGCACGCGUCCGGGACGGUCGGCCUCGUCAUGCACGCGGGCGUGAUCUUUGGGCAGGGCGUGAGCGGGUACGCGGGUCCGAUUUUCGGGUGGCGCGCGCCGUUCGUCCUCGUCGCGAUCCCGGGGCUGUGCGUCGCGUGGUUGGUGGAUAAAUACGCGGUGGAACCGAGGCGCGGGGGCAGCGACGGCGGAGGCGCGAGCCCGAGCGCGAGUCCGGGCGGCGGCGGCACGGCGACGCGACUGGCGAGGGAGUGGAUCCGGAAGUCCGCGAACGUGUGGCGGCGACGGACGAACGCGCUUGGGUUCACGCAGGGGAUCCCCGGGACGGUGCCGUGGAGCGUGAUCAACGUCUUCAUGAACGAUUACCUCGCGAAUGAGAAGGGGUUAGGCGUGCAGCUGGCGACGACGCUCAUGAUGACGUUUUCGGCGGGUUGCGCGUUCGGGACGAUACUCGGGGGGUGGCUCGGGCAACGGCUGUACAACGAGCGCGGGUGGUACAUGACCGCCGCGAUGGGCGCCUUCGCGGUCGCGGGCAUCUUUCCGUGGCUUUAUCUGAUCGAGUCGAACGACUACGCGCCGUUCGACGCGCGAAGGUUCGGGUUCAAGCUGAUCGUGGCGUUCGUCGGAGGGAACCUCGCGGCGGUCACGGGCGUCAACGUGCGCGCGAUGGCGGUCAACGUGAACCCGCCGUACGAGCGCGGGACCGCGUUCUCGUGGUUCAACCUGACGGACGACCUCGGGAAAGGGUUCGGGCCGGUCAUGUCCGCGGCGUUGAUCGCGUGGCUUGGACGCGAGGCCGCGUUUAAGCUCGGGAUUUGUUUCUGGUUGCCGUGCGGCGUCAUGUGCGCGGCGUGCGGAUGGAGCAUGAGGUGCGUCGUACUUCCGGAAGUACUUCCAUACAGUAUAGACUACACCGCAGUCACACGUUUUUCACCCAUCCCCCGGUUUCAACAGUACGCGCACGCGUACGUCGCAGAUCGCGACCCCUUUCGACUGACCGAAGAACGUCGCCCUCCAUCGUCAGCGCGGACGAGGCGAGGACGAAGGCGGAGGUUGAGCUGUACGGACCCGCGGGGGAUCGCGAGCUCGACUUCGAGGCGAGGGUGCCGUUGA